AUGGCCAAAGACGACUCCACCAUUCGUUGCUUUCAGGGCCUGCUGAUUUUUGGAAAUGUGAUUUUUGGUAUGUGUGGCAUCGCACUGACUGCCGAGUGCAUCUUCUUUGUAUCCGACCAACACAGCCUCUACCCACUGCUUGAAGCCACUGACAACGAUGACAUCUAUGGGGCAGCCUGGAUCGGCAUGUUCGUUGGCAUCUGCCUCUUCUGCCUGUCUGUGCUAGGCAUCGUAGGCAUCGUAAAGUCUAGCAGGAAGCUUCUUCUGGCGUAUUUCAUUCUGAUGUUUAUCGUCUAUGGCUUUGAAGUGGCAUCUUGUAUCACAGCAGCAACACAACGCGACUUUUUCACACCCAACCUCUUCCUGAAGCAGAUGCUGGAGAGGUACCAAAACAACAGCCCUCCAAACAACGAUGACCAGUGGAAAAACAACGGAGUCACCCGAACCUGGGACAGGCUUAUGCUCCAGGACGGUUGCUGUGGUGUGAACGGCCCAUCAGACUGGCAGAAAUACACAUCUGCCUUCCGGACGGAGAAUAACGAUGCCGACUAUCCCUGGCCUCGUCAGUGCUGUGUCAUGAACAAGCUGAAAGAACCUCUCAACGUGGAUGCCUGCAAACUAGGCGUGCCUGGUUAUUAUCACAGCCAGGGCUGCUAUGAACUGAUCUCUGGACCAAUGAACCGACAUGCCUGGGGGGUUGCCUGGUUUGGAUUUGCCAUUCUCUGCUGGACUUUUUGGGUUCUCCUGGGUACCAUGUUCUACUGGAGCAGGAUUGAAUAUUAA